AUGACCACCCCCCAAAUUAUCGACCAAAGCAUCCUAAUGGGGCGGUCAGGGCUUGCUGCGACCGGUGUGUACGAAUCGCUCGCCUACGAAGAUGUCCAUGACCGAACAUCACUCCUCUCGUUAGCUCUACUCGUUUAUGAUACUAUCCUGUGCUUCAACCACGAGUGGAACCUGGUUUGGAGCAAACUACCACAUCCUCUUAGUGUGCUACCUUCGUACAACUCCAUCACCGGUGUAGUUCUCUUUAACGGCGAGUUUUUUUAUACGAAAUUCCCCACAGACUGCGAGGCGAAUUCUAAUCUCACCACAGGCCUGAUAUGCUUCUUCGUGCCAAUAUUCCUCACCAUCACAGCCGCUGUGCUUGAUACCAUGGACUACAACACCUCGAGUAUCCCUGGGCCCGUGCGCGCUGGUGCCGUCGCUUCUAUAAGAGACAGUCUUACGGCGAUCCUCAUCUCACGCUUCCUCUUGCAACUUAGUAACUUGCAGGUUCGCAAGGAAAAUGAGCAGAUGAUGGUGGAAUCACACGACUUUUCCGGCGUCAUCACAACGGGAGUCCCGUCCUUCCGAGACGUGACGUCUGACUUCUAUGAGGCGAAUAUGCGCUUCCCCUCCAACGCGCGAGGGGAAGGAGUGAAGCCGGCGAUGAGCCACCAGUCCCAGUGCCAGAUCGGAAUGAACCCCGAGACUUUCAUCGGCCCGCUUCUACUAAUUUCGGCAGAUCAUCUGAUGAGUGGUCACAGCGCGUGA